GGGUGGGAGAUGCAACAAUGUCCUUGAGAACAGCAGGAAGUGUGUUGGUGGUCUUUCUCUGCUCUGUGACAGUUGUACUGGGGCAGACUGGCUGGAGUGUGACUUACACCACUCAGAGUAUCUGUGCCUUGAAGGGGUCAACAGUGGAGCUGACCUGCUCUUAUACAUAUCCCAGAGGUCAUGAAGUCACAUCAACCUUCUGGUUCACUAAAUGGGGGACUGGUGUAGAACCUGAAGAUAUAGGUCAGGACCCAGAGAAUGCAGAUCGUCUGAAUUAUCACAAGGAAAAAAUUUAUGGUCACAACCUGAAAAUCACAGACCUGAGAGAGAGUGACUCAGCUACGUACAAGUUCAGAUUUAUAACAGAUCAGACAAGAGGGAAAUAUUAUGGCGAACCUGGAGUCACUCUGUCUGUCACAGGUCUUCAGGUGAAGGUGACUGGUGGACAUCAGGAUAAGACACUGACCUGUAGCACCACCUGUACUCUGACUGACAACCCCACCUACAUCUGGUACAAGAACGGACACAAAGUAAAGGAGGACACUUCCAGCCUGGACUCAGACUCCUUUAGUGAUGCAGACAGUUACUCCUGUGCUGUAAAAGGCCACGAGGAUCUCCAGUCUCCUGUAGUGUGUAAGUGUGGAAUUUAA